UCCGCCCCCUUCCGGUGGGGGGCGGAGUCGGCGCGGCCCGACCGCGGCCCCCCCCAACAUGGAGGGCUGGCGAGGAGCCUGGUAUGUGCCAUGUCUAGCUUCACUUGAGACCCUCCAAGAAUUAUGUAGGAAGGAAAAUCUCACAUGUAAAUCCAUUGGAAUCACCAACAGGAGUCUAAAGAGUUAUGAGGUGGAAUAUUUGUGUGACUACAAGGUAGAAGAGGGCAAAGCAUACUAUCUUGUGAAAUGGAAAGGAUGGCCAGAAUCUUCAAAUACUUGGGAACCUCAGAAACAUCUGAACUGCCCUCUGCUUAUUCAGAACUUUCUUAGAGACAAGAACGAAUACUUGUCUCGGGGGAGAGAAGGCAAAGCAAUGAAAGUGAGAAACCAUGUUAAAACUUUGAAACCUGCAAUUGCAGAUUAUAUUGUAAAGAAGGCUAAACAAAGAAUAGCUCUGCAGAGGUGGAAAGAAGAACUCAACAGGAAGAAGAAUCACAAAGCAAUGAUUCUGGUAGAAAACACCGUGGAUCUUGAAGGCCCUCCUGUAGACUUCUACUAUAUCAAUGAAUAUAAACCUGCUCCAGGAAUAAAUGUGCUCAAUGGAAUAACAACUGGCUGUGAAUGUGCUGACUGCCCUGCUGAGAAGUGCUGUCCAAAAGAGGCUGGGUUUAUUUUAGCUUACAAUAAACGUAAGAAAUUGAAAAUCCAGCCUGGCUUGCCCAUCUAUGAAUGCAAUUCAUAUUGUAGGUGUGGGCCUGACUGCCCGAAUAGGAUUGUACAGAAAGGGACCCCGUAUUCCCUCUGCAUCUUCAGAACCAACAAUGGCCGUGGCUGGGGAGUAAAAACCCUCCAGAGAAUUAAAACCAACAGUUUUGUGAUGGAGUAUGUUGGAGAGGUGAUUACAAGUGAGGAAGCAGAGAAGCGAGGCCAGCUCUAUGACAACCAGGGAAAUACAUACUUGUUUGAUUUGGACUAUGACUCAGAUGAAUUUACAGUAGAUGCAGCUCGAUACGGAAAUGUGUCCCACUUUGUGAACCACAGUUGUGAUCCAAAUCUUCAAGUCUUCAACGUGUUUAUUGAUAACCUCGACUUGCGUCUUCCUCGAAUAGCGCUGUUCUCUACCCGAACCAUCAAGGCUGGAGAAGAGCUCACCUUUGACUAUCAGAUGAAAGGUUCAAUAGAUCUGACUUCAGACUCUGCUGAAGGUCUUAGCCCAUCCAAAAAGAGGAUCAGAACUGUCUGUAAAUGUGGAGCUGUGUGUUGCAGAGGUUAUCUCAAUUGAGUUUGGGUAUCCAAAGUCACAAAUAUUUUGUUCUUUUUUUAACGUGUUUUAAGAAGACUCUUCUUUCACACAUAUAUUCAAGUAUUCUUACAUCUAAAUAAGGAUGGUGAAAACAAGGUACUGUGUUUGUAAUUGAAGUGGCAUUGGCCAAAGAAAGAGAUUGUAGUGUUUCAAGCCAAUACAAAACUGAUAACGGGGAUUAAAAUGUCAUUUUUCUAGAGCAGUUGUUUAGGAAGCCGUAAAAUGUAUGCACAGAAAACUCAAAAAUGUACCUUGAUUUGAAUAUUCCUAGAACCAUAGAAUAAGUCAGAUUGGAAGGGACCCUCAAGGGUCAUUGUGUCCAACUCUUAGUCCUGUGCAGGACAUCCCCAAGAAUGUCCCCACACCCUGUGCCUGAGAGCAUUGUCCAAACACUUCUUGAACUCUGCCGGGCUCGGUUCUGUGACCUGGUGCACUGGGGAGCCUGUUCCCAGUGCCCAGCCACCCUCUGGGUGAAGAACCUUUUCCUAAUAUCUAAUAUAAAUCCCCUUUGGCUCAGCUUCAGGCUGUUUCCUCAAGUCCUGUCACUACUUAUCAGAGUGAACAGGUCGGUACCUGCCUCUCUGCUUCCCCUUGUGAGGAUGUUGAAGAGCUCAAUGAAGUCUCCCCUCAGUCUCAUCUUCUUCAGGCUGAACAGACCAAGUGACCUCAGCUGCUCCUCAUAAGGUUUCCCCUCAGACCCAUCACCAUUCUUGUGGCCUCCUUUGGGUGCUCUCUAAUGGUUCAGUGUCUUUUUCUUUUUUUACACUGUGGUGCCCAAAACUGCCCCCAGCUCUUGAGAUGAGGCAGCCCCAGUGCAGAGGAGAGCAGGACAGUCCCCUCCCUUGUCCAGCUGCCGAUGCUGUGCCUGAUGUCCCCAGGACAGGGUUGGCUCUCCUGGCUGCCAGGGCACUGCUGGCUCCUGUUCAUUGUCACAGACAUUUGAGUGUGAGCUUUCAGCCAUAAGCCUUCAGGAGCUGAUUCCACUGGGAUGAAGUGAUGCUAUGUGUUUUCUGUCCCUUGAGAAGUAAGGAGACAUUUGAUUUGAAUUCUAAGUCUGAGUUGACAGUUCUUUUGCUUUUAUGUUAUAAAAAGAAAAGCUUGAAGAUCUUAGCAAUAACAUUUAUGGCACCAGGGUUAGGGAUUAAGGAGAGCCAGUGUGUAAAUAAAGGUUCACAGGAGUGCAAAUUGUAAAAUGUCCAUGGAACUCCAUGCAACGUAAGUAAUUGCAGAAAGAAAAUUAGAGAGGCCAAAGGUCAAUUAAAACUUAACCUGGCCACUUCUUUUAAAGAUAGUAAAAAAUAUUUUUGUAAAUACAUUAAUAGCAAAAGAAGGGGCAAGGAAAACUUCCAUUCUUUAUUGGACACCGUGGGGGAAUAUGAUUACCAAAGAUGAGGAAAGGGCUAAGGUAAUUAACACCUUCCUUGCCUCAGGGUUCAACAUUAAGACAGUUGAUCUGUCCUCAGGACAACUGGCCUCCUGAGCUGUAGACAGGGAUAGGGAGUAGAAUUGUCCCCCUGUAAUCCAGGAGGAAGCAGUUAGAGAGCUACUGAAUCACUUAGAUGCUCAUAAGUGCAUGAGACCAGAUGGGAUCCAUCCUAGGGUGAUGAGGGAGCUGGUAGAUGCCACUCCAAGCCACUCCAUCAUUUACCUGGAGAACAGGAGGCUCAGGGCUGACCUUAUCUCUCUCUGCAACUCUGACAGGAGGGUAUAGCCAGGUGAGGGUCAGUCUCCCAGCAAAACAGCAAGAAGACAAGGAGACAUAGUCUCAAGCUGUGCGAGGGGUGGGGGUAGUUAGGUUGGACAUGAGGAAAAAUUUCUUCACAGAAUGGGUGAUUGGACAUUGGAAUGGGCUGCUCAGAGAGGAGCAUCCUGAAGGUGUUUAGAAAAGCAUGGAUGUGGCACUCAGUGCCAUGGUCUGGUUGACAAAGUGGUGUUCAGUCAUAGGUUGGACAUGAUGAUCUCAAAAGCCUUUUCCAGCCUAAUUGUUUCUGUAACUGGAAUUAACAGACCCCAAGUGUAGAACUUGAACUUUGUAGCUGAUGUUAUGUAGAAGGUUUUCAGUUGUUAUGCUCUGAUUUUUAGUUAGGAUUCUAUAGGAGGACUGCAGUUUCACAGAGCAUUUGUAAAUAUGGAAUUGUCAGAAGUAACAUUCACUGCUUGUUUUCAUUGCAGAAAUUUGGCAGUCAUGGCUGAAACAAGUUGCUGGCUACAGUUUGGAAAUAGAUAGCAAAAGGUUAAGGAGAGUAGCCCUUUGUCUAACAAGGCCAAUGCAUUGUGGAGAUAUGCUCUGUUAUCUGUUAGAGCCCUGCAAAAGAGCCCUGGCAUUAAUGUAUAUUCACAAGUCGUUUUGAUUAAAUUUUUACAUACUGUGUCUUUUUUUACCUAGUGACAGACUUCUAAGAUACUAGGCCUGUAUUUUCUGGUUGCAAAAAUGUUAACUUCAGUGAAGUUAGACUAGGGGUGAGUAUACCCAUUUGCUGUAGACAUUUGUAAGAUGUUCUUGAAUGUAAAGGCUGAGAAAUAUGCUGAUCUUCAGCUGCCUGAGUCAUCUUUUCUUUUUUCCUGAUCAUCUUAAAGUUGUCUCAAUCUAUUCAUAACAUAGGCUAAGUUUUGCUUGGCUUCAGAACCACUGAAGAGCAGUUGAGGUGGGUGAUGAGUGGAUUUACAGCCAAGGUCCGUGCUCUUGUGAUGAUCCAUGUGCUUUUUUCUCAUGGAUUCAAAGCUCGUGAAACAUGCAGAUUGCUUACCAGUCAUGUAAAUGUUGACAGGGUCAGGCAGAGUAAUGUUGCUCCAUAAAUGGAUGCUCCAUGGCUGGAUGCUGGCUAUGUAUCAUAGAUCAGCUAGUUACCUUUAUAAGGUGCACAGCUGUUGGCUCAGGUGAAUGAAGUCAAGUACCCAGCAUGUAACUGUUUACUUAAUUUGUUAGAAAAUGCCUUAAAUUUCAUGUUAAUUACUAGCACUUCAAAAUGAGCAUUUCGAGGUUGUUCCUUAAGAAGCACAGUUGCAUUUGUACUGAAGAUCUGGCUCUUUCAUAACAAAUGACAUUUUAUAUGCUACUAGCCAGAAUCAGUUUUACACUUUUGGUGAAGAGCAUGGGCCACUGGAAAUGCUGUGUGAAUUUUGUAAUCUACAAUACAGAGAUACAUGUUGAAACAGAGACUUUAUAUUCUUUAAGGAAUAGGAGAAAGUUUGCUUAGAUUUAAAAGUAUUUGAUGUGAUCAGGCUCACCUGUAUCCACAGUUGAUAUAUGCUGAAUCUUGUCAGUUUUUAACAUGCCAUAUCUCUAAUGAUUUUUUUUUAUUAUUUAAAGUUUUAAGUGGAAUGUGGAGCUUUAAUGUCAGCAAACUCUAGAUGAUCAUGCAUCAUUUGGAGUCAUUAGUACUUUCUCUUGCAUGUAGCUCAAAUGAGCAGUGCAUUCCGUGUGGAUGGAAUCUGCAGUCUCCAGCUCCUUAAUCUGCUGCAGCCUGUGCUGUCCCUGCAGGAUGGAGCAGCUGCAGCAAGAGAUGGAUUCCUUCCUCCAGCCUUGCCUGGCCCCAGGCUCUGUCUCUCCCCAUGCCCAGUUUGAUUUAAAUAUUGCAAGUAGAUGCAUUUUAGAAGGUGGCAGUUGUACGGGGGUGCAGUGUCUGCCUUUUCCAAAGGCAGAGAAUGUUAUCACCAGCACUGGAAUAACGCUGCUGUUUGUUAAGGAUAUUGUGUGUUAUCUUCUGCCAUAAAUAAAGAACCAUUAAUUUAC